AUGGAUCCCAACCAGCAACAACAACAGGGCAACCCCCAGAACGAGGACUACGUCGACAAGGGCCUCGACUUCGCCGAAAAGAAAUACGGCCAAGGAAAAAUCGACCCUGCCAAGAUGCGCAGCACAAACGAGAAGAUUACCGACGGUGCUCGUAACUUGUUUGAGAAGGUGACUGGAAAAGACGUUCCUUCCAAGUUCUCCAACUAG